AUGAGUGCGAAAGCAACCAAGGGCCCUGAGCUCUCCGGCGAUGUCGAUUUUAUCCAGACUCCGCCAGCCAAGCCCUCAGAGUUUGAAACCGGUGUAGACUGCGGAAUCCCCUUGACCAAUUCAGCGGCCAUUCAUAAUGCCCCUUUGCCAGCUGAUGGUGCUGGAAAUGAGAGCUUCUCCAACCUUCUCUUAGCCAGUGUCCUCGUGGGAGUCCCUACCCUCCUCACCUUCCUCCUUGGCGGUGGACUGAAAACAUUCGUCUUCCUGGCUGUGGCUUUGGUUCUCCCUAUCUUGGUGGCAUUCUGGACCUGGACAUCCACUUACAGCCCCCGUACCAACAACAAAGUCCGAUUGCCAGGCCGACCGGUUGAGCAUUAUAUCACCUUCAAGCGGGAAGAGGACCGGGCGAGAUGGCAUGGAAAGAACAAGAUUCCCCUUCAGACCUUCGCUGAGAUGUAUCUCAACGGUGCGGUGGAUUUCAACGGCGACACUCUCGAUGUCAUGGAGUACCGGCACGAUUGGGCCAACUUCUCUUUCACCUGGGAUCUCUUCAAAUUCAUCGUCUUUACCUUCUUCGUCGACGUCAUAUUCCACACGAAAGCCCAGGAUGAGGAGCAGAUCCGUCCCAACUACGAUCGUGGCAACGACCACUAUUCCUGGUUCCUGGGCCCUCGUAUGAUCUACACCGCGGGAGUCAUCUCCGACCCGGAACAGGAAGAAACCUUGGAGGAAAUGCAGGAUAAUAAGAUGGCCGUGGUCUGCGAGAAGAUCGGACUGAAAGAAGGCGAGACUAUGCUGGACAUUGGCUGCGGCUGGGGAACACUGGCGAGGUUUGCCAGUCUUAACUAUGGCGCGAAGGUCACCGGUCUCACCAUUGCGGAAAACCAGACUGCAUGGGGCAAUGACGCUCUCCGAAAGGCCGGGAUCUCUGAACAACAAAGCCGGAUCCUCUGUAUGGAUUACCGCGACAUUCCCCGUACACAGUAUGAUAAAAUUACGCAACUGGAAAUGGGUGAGCACGUUGGUAUCCGCAGACUCACCAAGUUUUUCCGCCAGUGUUAUGAUAUGCUAAAGGAUGAUGGGGCCAUGUACGUUCAACUUUCUGGCCUCCGACAGGCUUGGCAAUAUGAGGAUUUCAUCUGGGGUCUGUAUUUGAACAAGUACAUUUUCCGUGGCGCCGACGCUUCGACCCCUCUGUGGUACUAUGUGAAGUGCUUGGAACAAGCUGGAUUCGAAAUCAAGGGCAUCGAUACCGUUGGAGUCCAUUAUUCGGGAACACUCUGGAGAUGGUAUCGUAACUGGUGCGGAAAUGUCGAGGCUAUUAAGGCCAAAUAUGGCCCUAGAUGGUACAGGAUGUGGGAACUCUUCCUCGCUUGGUCCGUUAUCGCUUCCCGCCAAGGCUUUGCGACCUGUUACCAGAUGGUUGUCGUCAAGAAUUUGAACUCCACGCACCGCAUCAACGGCGUUCCAACUCAAUUUGCCUUGACCGCUGCCCUCGCUUCCAGCAGGAAGGCUGGCAAGUCCAGAUUGCCUUAA